UAGAGGCAGACGGGAGCUGCCGGUGCGGUACGCGGACCAGCCCAGCCCGCGGGAGUCAGACUCGGGAGCGGCUAACGCCCCUCUCCAGCCACCAGCAGCUGCUGCUGCAGCCUCCUCCACCCCGGGCGGCGCUUUGCAAGCCUGGCCCCCUCCCCGCCGCUUGCGAGGGCAGCAGGAGCCCGGAGCUGCAAACCUUCCUCUGCCACCCGCCACAUCUCCAGCCGAGCUCAUCCUCUCCAUCCUCAGGAUCCUUGGGCUGCCGGUGCUGCAACGCCCGCCCCAGCCGGGCUCAGCUCCUGCAGCCUCCUCCGGAGACAGCCCGGAGCUGCCAACCCUCCCCGCACCAGCUGGGCUGAGUCGAGCUCCUGCGUCCUCCUCCCGUGGACCCAAAAAGCGAACUAAAAGCUUUGAAUGCAAGAAUGUGGCUUCAAGUUGUGCUACACCUUCUCUGAAAAGGGCUGUUACUAGCUGAAGUUGCUGCUGUUGAAGUUUGUUGUUGAACCCUCGUGUCUUGUCUCAAUACUCCACCAUUACAAUGAGCUUCUUCUCCUAUUUGGACCCCAGGAGGAUCCAGUGGGGUGCCACAUGGUAUGCCAUGCACUCCAGGAUCCUACGCACCAAACCUGUGGAGUCAAUGCUGGAGGGGACAGGCACCACCACCUCUCAUGGGACCAAGCUGGCCCAGGUGCUCACAACAAUGGACCUGGUUUCCCUUGGAGUUGGAAGCUGUGUUGGCACGGGAAUGUAUGUAGUGUCUGGACUGGUUGCUAAGGAGAUGGCUGGGCCUGGAGUCAUUGUUUCCUUCAUAAUUGCAGCAGUUGCCUCCAUUUUGUCAGGUGUUUGUUAUGCUGAGUUCGGAGUGCGUGUCCCAAAAACCACAGGCUCUGCCUACACCUACAGCUAUGUGACAGUUGGGGAGUUUGUGGCAUUCUUCAUUGGCUGGAACCUGAUCCUGGAGUACCUGAUUGGCACAGCAGCUGGCGCAAGUGCCCUGAGCAGCAUGUUUGACUCCCUGGCAAAUCACACCAUCAGCCGCUGGAUGGUUGACAGUGUUGGAACAUUAAAUGGACUGGGGAAUGGAGAGGAAUCAUAUCCAGAUCUUCUUGCUCUGGUUAUUGCUGUCAUUGUAACCAUCAUUGUGGCCAUGGGGGUGAAGAACUCUGUGGGAUUUAACAACGUGCUCAAUGCAAUUAACCUGGUAGUGUGGCUCUUCAUCAUGAUCGCGGGGCUUUUCUUUGUCAAUGGCAACAACUGGUCUGAAGGGCAGUUCUUGCCAUUUGGAUGGUCUGGGGUGCUAAAAGGUGCAGCCACUUGUUUCUAUGCGUUCAUUGGCUUUGACAUAAUCGCCACCACAGGAGAAGAAGCUAAGAGUCCCAACACCUCCAUUCCCUAUGCGAUCACAGCUUCUUUGGUCACAUGCCUGACGGCGUAUGUAUCUGUGAGUGUAAUCUUAACUCUGAUGGUGCCAUACUCCGCCAUUGAUUCUGAAUCCCCUUUGAUGGAAAUGUUUGUAGCCCACGGAUUCUAUACCGCUAAAUUCAUUGUUGCCAUUGGAUCUGUAGCAGGAUUGACAGUGAGCUUGCUGGGCUCCCUUUUCCCAAUGCCAAGAGUCAUUUAUGCCAUGGCUGGUGAUGGGCUGCUCUUCAGAUUCUUGUCCCAUGUGAGUUCUUACACGGAGACUCCAGUGGUGGCUUGUAUUGUCUCAGGAUUUCUAGCAGCACUGCUCUCCUUGCUGGUCAGCCUAAGGGACCUGAUAGAAAUGAUGUCCAUCGGCACACUCCUGGCCUAUACUUUGGUCUCUGUUUGUGUCUUGCUUCUCCGAUACCAGCCAGAGAGUGACAUUGAUGGUUUUGUCAAAUUCCUCUCUGAGGAACACACCAAGAAGAAGGAAGGAAUUCUAGCGGACUGUGAGAAGGAGGUUUGCUCUCCAGGGAGCGAGGGGGAGGAGUUUGCUGGCCCACUCACCAACACGUGCGGUGCAAAAAAUCUGCCGUCGUUGGGUGACAAUGAGAUGCUCAUUGGGAAAGCAGAUAAACCCACCUACAACAUCAACCACCCCAACUAUGGCACAGUCGACAUGACCUCAGGAAUCGAGGCAGAUGAGUCUGAAAACAUUUAUCUCAUCAAGCUGAAGAAGUUAAUAGGGCCACGUUAUUACACAAUGAGGAUUCACCUGGGACUGCCAGGGAAAAUGGAUCGCCCAACUGCAGCUACUGGCCGCACUGUCACCACCUGUGUACUCCUGCUUUUCGUCCUGAUGUUCAUCUUCUGCUCUUUCAUCAUUUUCGGUGCAGACUAUAUCUAUGAUGAGAGCUGGUGGGCUAUUCUCCUGGUGGUUUUAAUGGUCCUGCUCAUCAUUGCAUUGGUAUUUGUGAUCUUGCAACAGCCAGAAAACCCCAAAAAGCUGCCAUAUAUGGCACCUUGUCUCCCUUUUGUCCCUGCAUUUGCCAUGUUGGUGAAUAUUUAUCUCAUGCUGAAACUCUCCACGAUCACAUGGGUCCGAUUUGCUGUCUGGUGUUUUGUGGGCUUGCUCAUUUACUUUGGCUACGGCAUGUGGAACAGCACACUUGAGAUCAGCGCCCGGGAAGAGGUCCUUCAUCAGAGCACAUACCAGCGCUAUGAUGUGGAUGUUGACCCAUUUUCAGUCGAAGAAGGCUUUUCCUACGCUAAUGAGAGUGACAACUACCAGGACUUGGAGCCUUCAGAAGACAAAGGAUUCUCUUACCAGCAGAUGUCGGAGGCAAAGGAAAGCAGUCGGACGAGUAGCAAAUCGAAAAGCAAAGGCAAACACAAACAGAACUUCGAGGCCCUGAUUGCAAAUGAUGAGCUUGACUACUCACCAGAAUAGGCAUAACACAAACAAAACCACAAUGCUAUUUCUCACUAACCUAACCCUUGGGCUAGAAUGUGAAGGCUUCUUUGGCUCUCAUUUUAAAUUCCAUCCUUCCUAAAAUUUCAGUCCCCAGAAUCACGUCACUUACUCACUCACUUUUUUGCUCUUCAGGAUAGUUUUAUAAAAAAGUUUAUCCUGAAUUCUGAGAUUGUCACAUUGAACAAAACAAGCAAGUGACCCAUUUGGAGUCCACCAGCAUGGCCUAUCUUGGUGCAUGUUACCAAGUGGGCCAGCACAUGGAUGGAUUGGGUGACUGGAAGAUUCUUUCUAUGUCUAUUAAGCAUCCUAUUGACCUCUUUUGGCAGCACUGACAAUGUGAUUUAAAUGAGACAUGUGCCAAAUAGGGUGGGUUUCAUGUGAGCAGUUACAGGACCAGCUGAAUUGGUGGGGGCAUGAGAUAUAUUCUCUGUGCUUCCAGAGAGAAUAUUUACCCCGUGACUAUACUGGUGUGAAGCAACAUAUCUGGCAUUUUCUUAGCAAGUAUAUUUUUUCGUUGAACUUAUAGAAAGAAAACCUUUGCUAGCUAGGUGUAAGCAUACUGAAGCAGUAAAAUGUUUCCCAAGGGAAUCUCAGGAGUAGAUUGAAAGGAGAUCCAGGGAUCUUGGCCUCACAGAGCAACAUUUUCAUCCUCCAUUUCAGCACCAUGGCUCUCACUGCAAACACCAUGGCUAGGGAUGAGCCUGAACCAAACUUCCUGAAUCCAAACACUCCAAGCUUUGGGAUUAAAAUGCAAUCUUCAUGGCUUGCACCAUGCUCUAGGACAGACCAGAUCAAAACUUCAGAUCCCAGCACAUCUGAAUUUCUCAGAUCUGGAUCUAAGCUUUCUGGUUUGGGCCCAUCUUUAAUCAUGAUGAGGAUCACUCCUCAUCUAGGCUUAAUUCAUUCCUCUAUAAAUACUCCUAAAUAUCAAACUCCAUUUCUCUUGGUACCAUUGGUACUAAGGCUUGGACUCCAUUUCCAUCACUGUGUGUCUUCUACUGAUUCACUGAUCCAUAAUAAUUCCUGCUGGGCACAGUCCAGAUUGUCAUUCAGAUUUCAGUUCUUCAGAUGAAGUUUCUAUUUAUUACUUUAUGUCACAUGGGUCAUUAACUUUAAGUCGUCACUGGACAAUAUUUGUGGCAACUGUAGAUAACCAAGCCACUGAAAUCUCAUUCCUUGCCAUAAACUAUACUUUGUAUUAAGGAUCCUUACCUUGUAUAUGUUUUUGAGAUAUUUAACCACUGGACUGUUGAGUGCUACUAUGAAAAAUACUGAAGUGCAACUAGCUACUGUAGUUAAUGAAAUUCCAUAGUAUCACACCUCACUUUGAAACCAAAUGGAAUAGGCAAAGGGAGAGGGGAGUUCAUGUAACAUAAGGCAGGGAUUCUUAGGCGAUGAAUGUUUAUUGAUAGUUAAUCCACUGGCUACUAGUAGAGAACUGGCCCAAUCGUCCCCCUCUCACCUGAGCAAAACUCCCAGUAAUGUGAAUGGGAGUUUUGCCUGAGUGAGAACUGCAGGAUCAGACCCAAUAGGAAUAACACAGCUUCCACAUAUCUAAUCAUAAGCACACUGAGCCAAACUCACCUGUGGUGUAACUCCACUGAAGCCAAUAGAGUUAGCCAGGGAUGACUUUGGCCCACUAUGUCUUUUCCUUUCAAUAUAUAAAAGAAACAUAGUUAACUAAACUCUGGUAGGAAUUGGCCUGAUAAAGAAAUUGGACAUUUCUGAGUCACUUUCUCCAAUCUAUGUUUUUGUUUAUUUAGUAACUUAACUGCAAUAUGCUAAAUGCACCUAUCAGCACUACUGGGCACAUAUACAGAAUAUUCCAUCACAUUAAACCCUGAAGCGAUACUGAGUCAUCAUGAAACACCACUCGCCCAAACUGGCACUCACCUCACCAGGACAAAGCCGGAGAUAAAUAUUUUCAAAGCAGCCUUGGGGAUUUAAAUGCACAAAUCAUAUUAAAAUUAAUGGGCUGUGUCUCUCAAUCCCUUAGGCAGGUUUGAAAAUCUCAGAGAGGGUAUGUAGCAGGCCUUGCAGCCUGACCUGAUAGCCAGCAGACUUGGGUUCUACUAGACCAGCAGAGGGGUACAUUCCGGGGCUGAGAGCCCCCUUUCUGAGAACAAUCUGCCACCAGCCCCCUGUAUUACAAAACUAUCAGCUGGAGGGUCCUGGCUGUCUUUGAGUUUUGGAAUGCAGAAGCAGAGAGUCUGGCUGAAAAUCCUGGCCCUAUUGAACUCAAUGGGAGCAUUGCUAUUGACUUCAGUGGCAUUAGGAUUUCACUCAUUUGUCUCUGAUGUAGCUCACACCCAGACCAUAUAGCACAUUUGAAUUCUAAUAACUUUCAGAGUGAAGGAGAAAUGUUUUAUUGUCUCUUCCCUUUAAAAAGCAUCUGUUAUGGUUCUUAUCACACUGUGUAUUUACAUAAGAACGGCCAUAUUGGAUCAAUUGGUCCUGUCUUCCGACACUGGCCAAUGCUAGGUGCCUCAGAGGGAAUGCACAGCACAGUCAAUCACAGAGUGACCAAUUCCCUGUCGUCCACUCCCAGCUUCUGGCAAACAGGCUUGUGACACUCAGAGCACGGGGUGGCAUCUCUAGUGUAAAUUAUUGAUCAGCAGCUUCCACACAGAUGAUCCGUUCCUAGCUCAAUGGCCUAUAUAGAAGAUCUGGUUUUAAAUUAUUGCAAUACAUGAAAAAAGAUUUUUAUCCAAAACCUAUUUUUAAUGAACAGAGAUCAUAUCAAAUACAUGAGACUGACUAGUCUCUGCUGAAAGCUACAGGGCUAAUUUCUGCCCCCUUAGUUGCACCAGGGUAAUCUAGCAAACUCUACUGACCUCAUUAGCAUUGCUCCAGAUGUACACUGGUGUAAUCAAGAACAGAAUCAAGACCACAGUUCCCCCAGACAUUCCCUACCAAUGCUUAGCAAAGUCAGACUCCAUGGUGCAUAUUCAGGUGAAAUUUACUUGUGUCACUUUGUCAUUUGAAUAGGAAGAUGUUUGCACUACAUUAGCAUGAACGUGGUGCAUUUAGCAAGUUUUCGCUUACAGGGACUCAGAGUAAAUAAUGCUGGGGCUUGAGAGAUACAGUAAUUCAGACAAGUAAGGGCUUGAUACCACAACACACAUGUGAAUGGUCUUUACUUACAUGGAUAGUUCCAUGGAAAUCAGGGAGGUUCCUGGGGUGAGUUUAGGAGCAGGCCAUCCAGAUUGUGUGAAGUUUGGCCUGAGCCCAGACCCAGAGCACCCUCUGGAUCAAGAUAAAGCUGUGCCCAGUUCCACCCUCUCCUUCUGGGGGCAAGGCCUGUGACUCCACUGCCCUCCUGCCAUGUAAGGCAGUACGGGUGCUAGGAAGAGGCCAUGUCCUUGCAUAAGGGGCAGGUCUCACUUGCUGACCAACAGUUGGGGAGCUCAGCCAGAGGGCACUAAGCACGCUUUCACCUCCCCACACAUACAGGAGAUGGCCGACAUCUCCAAAAGGAAGGAUGCUCAUCAGCAAAAAACCCAAAAUAUUCCCCCAGGUGGUUGGGGAGGGGAGGGGGGCAGGAGGCAGCACAGAGCCCUUCAUCCCCCACCCAGUAGCUCAAGGGGUCUGACUGAGUCCUCCUCACUUUCACUGGUACAGACCAUUUUGCAAACCCAGGUCUGCAGCAGGAUGUGCAGACCAUGUGCAGGGGAGAUAAAAGAUCCACAAGUGACCAGUGAGGGAUAAUGGGUAGAACUCAUUUGUGGAGGCUAGUGGCUCCAGGGCUCCAAACCAUGUAUCAGUUGCUCCUUGUGCCUGAUCUCCCAGACCUAAUCCAAGGCAGAUCUCCCUUGAAGGAGAGAGAGAGAAGUAUCUAGUAUUAUAGCCUUUGCAUUAUUAUUUAUUAGUAGUAUUGCCAUAGCAUCUAGGAUCCCCAGUCAUGGAGCAGUACUCUACUGUGCUAGGCACUGUACAAACGCAGAACAAAAUCCAUACCCUAAAUAGCUUACAGCCUAAAUACUUAUGCAGCUGUGAAGGUUCUUUCUACUUAUUAUAGGAUUUAAAUAAUCUUCCUUACCAUUUUC